AUGCGCUUAUCUAUCGAGGAAAUCGACGUUCCAUUUCCACUGAAUGGUCAGUUAGAUUCAAUAAUAUCCCGGUAUACAAAGAAGAUUAAUGGAAAAUCUCCAAAUAGCUUCAUUCUCUAUCGAAAGGCAUUAAACAUAGAAUUGAGUUCCCAUGGAUAUUAUCUUCAGGCCAAAGAAAUUUCUUCAAUUGCAUCUAAAAAAUGGAAAGCUAAAUCUAGCUUAAUAAAAGAAGAAUAUCGAAAAAUUGCUACACGUAUUUCUAAAAUGGUUGACGAGAUUCAUCCAAACAGAAUUAUCAGUUAUAAAAAACGUGAGAAAAAAAAGAAUAGACGCUCCGAAAGAGUUCAACCAGUUCCUUUAAGUAUCGGUACUAGCAUACAAUCUGUCAACUCAGAUUCUGAGGAAAGUACUCCCAUAACACCACCACCAUACUAUUCUUCUCAACAAAAUAAUGAAUUUACGUCCCAUUUAAAUCUUGUCGAUCAAAGCGAUGUCUUUCAUGAGUCGCAAUCACUUAAGAACUGGAGUUAUAUGGAAAAUUUUUCACAAAAUUUCAAUAUCGAUAUGAGGUUAGAACCAUGUCCCUCGAGCUCUUGCAUAACUGAAACAUUAACGCACAUAGAACAAAAUGACAGUUUUUAUACGGAACUUUUGCUUUCUCUCAUGAAUUGGGAGUCAGAAGAAUAUUUUCAGAUAACAGAUUUUCAGAGACAAUAA